AUGGCGCCCACGAGCGCAACCACAUCAGGCUCUGGGACGAGAGGCUGCAGCCCCGAACCUGAACGUCCACCUCUCCCUCCACGUCCGACCGAAUUGAGCCUUCUUCGUGGCCGACCAACAUCCAGCCAUUCACAGAGGCCGAACACUAGACCGGGCUUGGUGUCCACAGCCACCACUGCGGUGUCUGCCACCGAUGUGAAUACUUACCACCGACCAGAUGGCACUCAGGAGCUUAGAAUUGCCCCAAGCCGAGGGGCUUCCGCCGGUUCGGUGUACAGGUUUGGCAGCAACCGCACCAGCGAGGUGGGGGAAGACAGCAACAGCAUCAAAAGCUAUUUUAAUGUGCGUGCGCUUCAAGAUACCGAGAGCAUAUUUGGAGGCGCCCUUGAGGACGGUAAGGACAGCAGAUCUGCCACAGCCAGCGAAGCAGAUCUGAGCGGUUACCCUGCCCCCGAUCUUCAAGAGGCGGACGUAGACUUCGAGCACGAGUUCGAGGAUUUGGACGGCAAUGGGGACAUUGAUGAAGCAGCUGAGGAACAGGUGCACGCCCUCUGGAAAGCAAAGAGGAAGCACUUCUUGAUCCUUUCUGCCGCAGGCAAGCCCAUUUACACCCGCCAUGGCUCAGAUCGAACCAUAUCUAGCUACAUUGGCAUCAUACAGACCAUCAUCUCGGCCUACAGUUCAGCUGAUGACCCUCUCAAGUCUUUCCGAGCUGGCCGCGUUAAGUUUGUCAUCUUGGCCCAAAACAAUCUGUUCCUGGUUGCCAUUAGUUCGCUCCCCGAGUCUGACGUUCAGCUUCGAAUUCAGUUGGAGGCUCUGUACAUGCAGAUUCUCUCCACCUUGACCCUCCCGACGCUGACGCACAUCUUUUCGGUACGCCCUUCAAGCGAUUUGCGACGACCCUUACAAGGCACCGAGAACCUGCUGUCAUCCCUAGCCGACAGCUUUACACGAGGAUCUCCCUCGACGCUCUUGUCUUCUCUAGAAUGCUUGAAAAUCCGCAAGUCUCACCGCAACAUCAUCAACAGCACGAUGGUCAAGGCUCGUGUCGACCAACUACUGUAUGGUUUGGUCGUUGCAGGCGCGCGCCUGGUCAGCGUCAUCCGUCCAAAGAAGCACUCUCUUCACCCCAGCGACCUGCAACUGAUCUUCAACAUGCUCUUCGAAGCCGAAGGGAUCAAAGCCGGCGGAGGCGACUCGUGGAUCCCCAUCUGCCUUCCUGGCUUCAACAAGACCGGCUAUCUCUUCAUGUACGUCAGCUACCUCGACAUGACAGGCGGCGAGGCUCGAGAGCCCGACAUUGACGAGAAGAUAUCCAAAGAAGAUGCCGUCGCCAUCAUCCUGCUCAGCGCAGACAAGGAAAGCUUUGAGCCCUUACAGAGCAUGAAGCGUUAUCUCGUGCACGAGUUCCACCGCAACGGCAGCAUGAGAAUCAUCCAAGCCGCUCUACAAGCCGGCCGACCCUCGCCCACCGACAUCGUCCCCGGCACAUCCGUCCGCCACUUCCUCUUCAAGUCGAAAGGGAAUGUCCAAUUCUUCAUGCCCGCCCUGGGGCCUGAAUUCGACACGCCCCACCGACGACGGCAGUUGAUGACGAUCUACCACACGCUUCACGCCAGCGUCCACACGAAACACGCGGCCGCCAAGGUGCACCACAGCGUGAGCCCGUCGACUUCUGCCCUGGCCUGGAUCACGCCCAUGUUCGAGCUCUACUGCGUGGCCGGCCCAACCACCGCGCGGAACGCCCUGGCACAGAGCGCGAAUAAAAUCGUGCAGUGGGUGCAACGCGAGGAGGAGCGAAUCUUUCUCAUCGGUGGUGCCGUUUUCUAG